AUGGACCCGAUUCAAGAAGCGAUUGCAGAAAUCGAAUCGCGAGAACUAGGAGAUAAAUUCUCGUAUCAAGCAAUCGCGAAAAAGCAUGGUGUAGCACGAAUGACGUUGAUGAGACGACACCGCGGCGAAACUGAGGCCUAUGGCGUGCGCAACCUCUCCCUCCAU